AUGGCGUGCACUGUUAAAGUUUUGCGGCGGCCCGCGGAAAAGAAUCCUUUGGCCCGCCCGCUGAGACUCAGUGCUCCGCCUAUUGAUGAUGUCCACAGCAAAUGGUGGGCGGUAGCUGCCCUAAAACUCAGGCGAAGCGGGCUCUUACCCUUUCAAGUGGGAUGUCUUACUGUUCUAAACAAGUCUCCCAAAGGAAUCGCCAGGCUCCUUUCUAAGGAAGAAGAUGAGAUUAGUGCCCUCCGAGAUAUUGUGAUACAAGAGAUAGAAGCAGCACUUACGGAAUGGGAGCAAAAUGCGAUUACUGAUGAAUUCGAUGUGAUAGCACGGCAAAGGGCAACCGUGGAAAAUACAAGGAUGCUUUACGAGGAGUCGUUGUCAAGUACCCCCGACUAA